AUGCUCAGACUCUCCGCUCCCCCGCCGGGCGGGCGCAGGAAGCGGAGGGAGCCGUGGCAGGCACAAGCAUGCGUGCGGGGCUCGGGCGGGCCUGGCGGGGGCUGCUGCCGCUGCUCCCGGCUCGGAGCUGCUCCUACGCCGGAGCGGGAAGGAGGAGGCGGCUGGUGCAGCCGCUGCCGCCCUGCAGCUGGCUCAGCACCAUGGCCCAGUUCGGCACGGAGCCGCGGGGGCGGCCCCACUCGCCCGAGUACCGCCUCUACUUUAAGAAUGCGGAGGGUAAAUAUAUUUCCCCGUUUCAUGACAUUCCUCUGUUUGCUGGAUCCAAAGAGGAUAAGGAGGUUCCUGCGAAGAGAUCAAAGACUAAUGGAAGUGAGGUAGUGUUUAACAUGGUUGUAGAAGUGCCUCGCUGGUCAAAUGCUAAAAUGGAGAUUGCCACCAAGGAACUAUUGAAUCCCAUUAAACAAGAUAUAAAGAGAGGCAAGCUUCGAUAUGUGGCCAAUAUCUUCCCUCACAAGGGUUAUAUAUGGAAUUAUGGUGCCCUCCCUCAGACUUGGGAAGAUCCACACCAUAAAGAUAAGGAUACAGGAUGUUGUGGUGAUAAUGAUCCCAUUGAUGUGUGUGAAAUAGGCACAAAGGUACACUCUCUUGGUGAGAUCGUUCAGGUAAAGGUUCUUGGAGUUAUGGCUCUUAUUGAUGAAGGAGAGACCGAUUGGAAGAUUAUUGCCAUCAGUGUGGAUGACCCAGAAGCCCAGAAAAUUCAUGAUAUUGAUGAUGUCAAGAAACACAAACCGGGUUAUCUUGAGGCUACAGUUGAGUGGUUCCGAUUCUAUAAGGUCCCAGAUGACAAACCGGAAAAUCAGUUUGCUUUUAAUGGCGAGUUUAAAGACAAGGAUUUUGCUGUUGAAAUUAUUAAAUCCACCCAUGAAUACUGGAAAGCUUUGCUUCAUAAAAAGGCUGACAGAGGUGCUAUAAAAUGCAUCCUGAUAGAUAAUUGCUCUUGCAUGGUAACUACACAGGGUUUACGGGAAACUGUUCAGAAAAUAUAUAUUGAUCAUGUGUAUCUAAUGGCUUACAUUGCAACUGGAACUAUUUGCAGUUUUUCCAUUAAUUGUAUAAGAAAAUUCAGUGAGAUAUCAGAAGGUAGCAGGGUAUAUUUGUGCAUAUUAACAUAACUAUGGUGUUGUUCAUUGAUCUAAAGUAAUGGGCACUCAAUCAAUGUCUAGGCACCCUUAGAAUACAUUAAGUCAGUGUCACAAUCAAAGCAUAGGAGUAAUGAAAUUGUUAGCUGUUUGCCAGGAUAUUGCAUGGCCCUCACCCAACCCUUCUGACCCUACAGAGUGAACUGUUAUGAUGUAAGCCAUAGCAUGCAAAGAUUCAUUGGAAUCUGGGAAGUGGGAAUAUGGCUCCAAUUCAGCAAAGUGUUUAAGCAUGUGGUUAAAGUUAAGUAUUGAUAUCAGUGUGAUCUUAAGCAGAGCUUAAAAUUAGGCAUGUGCUUAAGUGCUUUUCUGAAUGGGGCCCCGUAUUGCUCGUAAUCUGCUAUGUGUGUAUAUUGAUAUGUAACUGUGUAUAUAUGCGUUUUUAAAAGUUUUGUCAUAAAUUCUUUUAAAUGUUACAUUUUUUAAGUAGUUAGUCCUCUUGAAGGCUCAACUGCCAUUAAAUACCAGGUUUUGGCUUGGUACACAUUUAAAUGGCCUGUUAUCAAGCUCGCUGAGCAGAUUUGCAGUGCAAAUACUGUCAGCACAGAACCUACAGGGUGUGAAUGUUCUGCCUGGUCCUCUUUUAAUACUAUGGGUGCCUGACAUUAACCAAACAUGUAAUGCAAAUUCUGAUUCAUUAUAGUUCUCCUAUAUGUUUCCUGGAAAAAUGUGGUGGUCUCGCUGUACUCUAGGGUUGUCCAGCUCUGUUAAUAAUCGGAUAACUUGGUAAUAUUGAGCUUCAUAUUUUUUUAUUCCAAAGCACUUAGGCUACAUGUUGGUAUAAUUUAUAAAAAAAAAAAAUCACAGCCUUACUUUGAGGAAUAGGAUAAGCUGCAUAGUAUUCGAUCGGAUAAUUUAGAUGAGACCUUACAAACCAAAGUCCAGAUUCAAUCCUGGUAUAGAUGGGUACAACUGCACUAACUUCAGUGGAACUUUAGCCAUGUACACUAGCAGAAGAUUUGGCUCCAUGUUCCCAUCUGCUCGCCAUAAGCAUUAAAGAUCUUGGACACUUUUUUUGAAAGAGCAGAGGUUUGCCCCAGGUCUUUGAUCAAAAUUUCUCCUUUGCCACUAGUGUGAUGUGAAGUCAGUUUAUUGGAUCCCCUACCCGAGGGUUGUCUCCAUGCCAUUGUGUCCAUUUAUAGAGAACUUUGGGAUCUUUUUAAGAAUGAAAGGAACUAUAUAAAUGUAAAAUACUAAAUGUAUAAAAUGCUGGUUAUUGUUGCUUCAUUUUUGACUACUCACUUCUUAGUAGACAUAAACAUUUGAGUUCUUUGCAGAGGCUGUUUAUCAUAGGUAGGUUUUAUUAUAUUCCAUUUUUUUAU